GAGCUUAGUACAAUCAACAUAAUGCUCUCUGAAGUAGAAACAAAACAUACCCGUGGCACAGUAUUCGAACAGUGUGAGUUGUCCAGGGACGAGCCCAAAUGUAAAGUCGUACGAAUGCCUCCAAAUGUAAUAUUUUCAACAAAUAAUACCUUCAAUAAGGAACAAGACUCUUGGUUCCUCUGCAAGAACAUGUGGAAGGGCGUUGAAAAGAUUGUUUGCAUUAGAAUUCCCCCACGUCUAAUUAAAACAGCAGAAAAGCUGUGAGGCAACAUAUGUAAACAUAAUGAACUGUACAUACUGCUGGGAUCUCCAGUAAACACCGGGGACCACCAUCUCCAUCCAGCCUCCUCCCAUUUUAAAAAGUGACAAAACCCGGUCGACACAAUGGACCUUAAGAGUCUUCUAAAAGCUUUGUCUCUGCGAUGUUAGGAAUCAUUUACUCAGAAUGAUAUGAAAACGGUGUGUGUGUGUUUGUGUUUUAUCUCUCUGCCCCCCUUGGCCUGAGAAUAAGCUCAUUCAUGGUGAUGAAUAAGGCCAUUCAUGGCAAACGUACCCUUCGGAAAAAGCCAGCGCAAUAACAAAUUUGCUGUUCCUGAAGUGACCCCAGCGGUCCCUAAUGGAGAUGGAUGAGUCCGAGCCCCGAGCGGCGUCCCCAGCCCGUCGCUGCGACUACUGACCCACAGCAGCUGGUGGGUUUGCCAUCGGGAGCGAUGAGCGUCAGCGUGUGUCAAAUCAGGGUCACCUCGGAGCCCCAGCGCACCUUCUUUCUGAAGCUGGACUCGGGCGACGACCUGGGUGCUGGUUUUGUACUCGUUCUGUGUGACGGCGUCUCGGCUUGGGGUGGCGAAGUGUCAGAGGAAGAUGUGACCCGGGAGGCUCGUGAGCUCGAGAUGGAGAGGGAAAAGUAUGUCGAGGACCUCUGGUUGGCCCUGGCUGGAAAGGGUCAGAAAGGGGACCACACCUUCCACCUGUCCUCCAGCAGCCCCAACAGCGGGACUCUUCACCUGUCCUACGAGAAGGUGCAGAAGAACAUCUCGUUUAGACUUGGACUGGUGGAGCUACAAGAACUACCUGAGCCUGUGGAGGUCGUCAAGGACCUCAUUAUCCAUGGCCUGGAGAAGAGCACCAAGCUGCAGGCCACCAACGAACAGCUCGAGGAGGAGAACGAGAUGCUGAGACGGGAACAGACUCGCAUCACCUCUGAGCUGGAGAGGUAUGUCCAGGGUAAGGAGCUGUUGGAGAGAGACCUCUACAGCCGCUUUGUCCUGGUGCUCAAUGAGAAGAAGGCAAAAAUGAGGAGGCAGCAGGAGGAAAUAAAGCAGCUGCAGGACAAGUUAGAGGAGUUAAGGGAGGCAGCACUAGAGAAGAAAAAGGCCCCCCAUUGGAGUGCAGGGUCGGCCAGCAUCUCGCCCCCCAUUGAGGACACCUAUGGUGCCAGCACAGAUGAGGAAGGGAAGGAGAGCCCCCCUCGGUCCCUGGCUCCUGAGCAGCCCAUUUAUGCUGUAGAAGAACCUGGCCCCGCAUCCGUGGAUGACAACCUGCAUGACAUCACCGAUGUAGCUCCGUGUCGCCGGCGUCGGCAGCGGCACCUCCAAGGCCCCUCCGGUGAACUCAAGAAAGAGCAUGGAAAGGCUCAAAAGAAAAGGAAGGAGUCCACAGAAGACAAAACCAAGAUGGAUUCCAAAGUGGACGUGUUUCAUCAGCCUGCAGCCAAAACCGCAGACCAUCUAGAAGCAGAUAAACUAUUUGAUGACAUGUAACCAGUUCAUGUCCACUGCUCUGGUGCUCAGGAUGUACUGCAUGGUUCCCCUAACUAUGUUUUUUUUUUUUACUUUUUUUGUUUAAAUCUGAGUGGUUCUCUGGACAAAUCAGGAGGAAAAUUGUAGUGUAAAUAGUGAGAGGAGGUUACCUUAUACAUUCUGGAUAAUAAACUGUUCUAUUCAUUGUGAUGACUUCUUCCUGAAAUAUUUCCUUACGUGUACAGAGUAAGCUUUUUAAUAACAGUUAUUGCUGAGAGGGAAGUGAUACAAGAGUUGCUUGUAAUUAUAUUUUUGUACAAGAAUAAACAGAUGCAG